CGGUGUCCUAUUCACCGGGACUCCGUUCUCUCAAACAAUCGCGUGUGUUUUAACAUAGGACACACAGCGACCUCCGGAGAGCGCCGUGUGGGCGCUUCGAACUUUCGCGUUCUUCGCAUGGUAAGUUGCCAAGUUCCCACGUAUACAAACGUUGCUGCUGGCCUCCACCAACUACUUGAAUGUCAGCGACGCAGAGGAUCGUCUGCGCUCUUUCUCACUCUUUCCCUUGUUCACUUCCUCCUAUUUCGUCUUCCUCCUCCUUCAAAUCUCCUUCUCUUCUCUUCCUUCCCUUCUCUCGUCAUCACAGGAUUCUAGCUCGCUCUGUGCUUAUCUUUCCUUCACCAAUGCCUCUCAAUCAGAGAGCUGGUCGGUACAAAGAACCAAAGUGGCAAGAGAAGCCUAAAGCUGACAGGAUUUCAUCGGCCACCACUGAUGCAGCAGGUGCCGCUGUUGAAACUAUUACUCACAGACUGUCUGAAAUGCAUGUCGCUAAAAAUAGUGGCCAAACCAGUGUUCCAGCUGCAGCCAUACAGUUUGGAGGCGUCCAAACUGUUAGUCAGUUCACUGUGCAUGGUUCAAAGACAGCCUGGAAACCUAAAUCCUAUGGAACAGUAAGCGAAACCACAGUAGAUAAAGUUGAUGCAGAAGUGGCUUCAACUAAAAGUAGUAUUGCUGGUUUGAGUAGGAAUGAUCUGAUAGAAAAUUUUACGGUGGACAACUCCACUUACUCACUUGCCCGCAUAAGAGCUACUUUCUACCCCAAAUUUGAAAAUGAAAAGUCUGAUCAAGAGAUCAGGGCAAGGAUGAUUGAGAUGGUAUCUAAAGGUUUGGCUACCUUAGAGGUCUCACUUAAACACUCUGGUUCCCUUUUUAUGUAUGCUGGACAUAAGGGUGGAGCUUAUGCCAAAAACAGUUUUGGGAACAUAUAUACUGCCGUGGGUGUAUUUGUUCUUGGACGGAUGUUUCGUGAGGCUUGGGGUACUGGAGCAUCAAAAAAGCAAGUCGAAUUUAAUGAGUUUCUUGAGAGAAACCAUAUGUGCAUAUCAAUGGAACUAGUAACUGCUGUUCUUGGAGACCAUGGACAGCGUCCCAAGGAAGAUUUGAAAAUGGCGCCUACCUACAAAUCAUGUGUGGUUGUUUCUACAAGGAAAUCAGUUUCAUCCUUCUUGGCUGCCUUUGAUGCCUUAUGUGAAGAGGGUACGCUACUCCUGUAUGUAAGGCUCUUGACGAGAUUGCUGAUGUAUCCAUACCAG